AUUUUCUAUAUUGAUUGGAAUCUGAGUUGCCAGAUUUAAUGAAAACUCUCUCUCUCUUUUGCAAUCUGCUUUAUAAAGCAACAAUUGAUCUUAUUACAUAAACUUGUUUUUCCUUUAAUGUAGUAAUAAACCCUUGUUAGUGAAGUGUAGAGUAAAGUGUGCCAUCAAGUUGGUGUCAACUCCUGGUGACCAUAGAGCCCUGUGGUUGUCUUUGGUAGAAUACAGGAGGGGUUUACCAUUGCCAUCUCUCACGCAGUAUGAGAUGAUGCCUUUCAGCUCCUUCUCAUAUCACUGCUGCCCAAUAUACAGUAGGUGUUUCCCAUAGUCUGGGAAACAUACCAGUGGAGAUUUGAACCAGCAACCUCUGGCUUGCUAGUCAAGUCAUUUCCCCACUGCACCAUUAGGUGGCUAGUGUCCCACUCUUCAUUUUUGGGUCUGCUGUAGUCAUUUAGCAUGUCUAGAAAUUUGGCCUCCUUGUCCAUACCCAAACAUGAAUUUGCCCAGUCUAUGUGAGGAAAAUUGAAGUCACUCAUUAUUACAGCUCUCUCUCUCUUUGACGCCUCUCUGAUUUGCUUCUCCAACUCCAGGUCACUCUCAGUGGUUCACUAAGAUAUAUUCAUAUCCUCCUUUACUGGAUAGAGGUGAUCCAGUUGACAUAGUAUACUUGGACUUCCAACAAGCUUUUGACAAAGUUCCCCACCAUAUUGAGAAAACUUAGUAGACAGGGGACAGGUCCAUGUGUGGAUUGGUAACUGGUUGAAGGACAGAAAAUGGAAGGUAGGAAUAAAUGGAUAGUUUUCACAAUGGAGGGAAGUAAGGUUCCCCCAAGGAUCUGGACUGGGUGAGUGGGUGACUUUAGCGGAUUAAAGCCUUUGUCUCAGAGCAAGCUCACAUGAGAGAAAGAAAUGCCGAAUCAUCCCUGCUGAGCUGCACGACUUGGCUUUUCCUAAAGCUCUUCUGAACUAUUGGUGUGCUGCCUACUUCUGGGAAAGAUGAGAGCAGUGUGGCAGAGGGAUCCCAUGCCAAGCCACUAAAACAAAGUCCUCAGGAGGGCAAAUUGAGUUCUGAGAGGGGUAAUGACUCCUGUUCUGAUUAUGAUGAGUUGAGCUUUGAGUCUAAUGAUGAGUCGAGUUGGGAUGAAAUGUUCAGCCUUGAUUCUGAAGAGUCAUCUAGCAAGUCUGAGUCACGUUCUGACUCCAGUGAAUUGAGUUCAGAGUCCAGGGAACUGAACUUGGAGUCAUACGCUGAAUUUAAUGAUCCAAGUCCUGAACCUAACAAGCUCCCUUCCUUGCAAAUGUGUAGUGAGUCCCACAAAAGCCACCAGACAAAGCAAAACAAAUUGUCUCCUAGAAAAAAGGAUUUGCCAGCCAAGAAGCACAGCAAGCUCCAGGAUGGGGAAAACCGAUUACAGGCAGGGGAGAAAAAACUACCUGCUGUAACUAGUGAGCUGCAUGUUUGGAGCAGCAAGUCCAGUAAAAAACCCCUUACUAAGAACAGUGAGAGCCACAGUUGGAAGAGGAAGGCCCAAACUGGGAAGAAUGAGUCCUGUGCAGGAAAGACCAAGCCACAGAUGGAAAAUGGGGAAACUCAUACUGGGGAGACCAAACUUCCAAAGCUAAAAGCUGAGCCUUGUAGAGCAGAGGGUAAUCCUCAUACUGGGAAGACAAAACAACGAGAUGGAAAGUCUAAGCCAUAUAUUAAGAAAAGGCUUCUGAAAGGAAUGACUGAUGCCCCUAUUGGAAAACAUGAGAUGCAGAACAAAAUAUCUCCAGCAAAGAAGAGCAGGUCUUAUGCAGAAUGUGAACAUGAUCAAGGAACAGAAUGGAAUGCUGGACAGAAAGAACAACUUGACAGAGGUAAGGCAGGUACUGGAUACCUGAGGUAUACUAGGAGGAAAGUUUCCUCAUCCAAAAUAAAAAUGUCACAGGGUAGGAAGACUAAGUUGCGAUCACCUAAAAGUGACCGGAAAGCUGGGAAUUGUGGGAUACAUCCCCAAAAGAGUGAGCUGCAGGCUGAUAGAAGAAACUUGGAUACUGGGAAGAGCAAGGUGAAAGUCCAGAAGAGGGAGCUGUCUGAAGGGAGGAGCAAUGUAGAUUACCAGAAGGCAGAGUUGCAUGCUGGGAGGGACAAAGUGAAUGUCGAGAAGACAGAGUUGCAUGCUGGGAGGGACAAAGUGAAUGUCGAGAAUACAGAGUUGCAUGCUGGGAGGGACAAAGUGAAUGUCGAGAAGACAGAGUUGCAUGCUGGGAGGGACAAAGUGAAUGUCGAGAAGACAGAGUUGCACGCUGGGCAGGACAAAGUGAAUGUCGAGAACACAGAGAUGCAUGCUGGGAGGAACAAAAUUAAUUUCCAGAAGAAUGAGUUGUAUCAUGGGAGGAAUGAUAUGGAUGUCCAGAAGAAAGAGUUGCGUGCUGGAAAGAACAAGAUGGUUGUCCAGAAAGUUGAGUUACAUGAUGAGAGAGACAACAAACCAGCCCCAUGGCAGAAAGAACUAGCCACUGAGACCAACGUGCCCGCUUAUACAUGGAAGGUACCAGCUACUCUCUGGCUUGGUCCAUCUGAAAGUACAGCAAGGUUGUUCUUUGGUAAAACUGAAUUGUGUUGUGGUCAAGUUCCUCUGAUGGGUAAAAAAAUACCAUAUGGAGCAAAUCAGUCACUGAGAGGAAAUCAUGAGGCAAAUACCCAGGUCAGGGGUAGAUUAAAUCAACUGAAUCGAAAAAGGAAUUUGCUUCCACAUAUAAAUGCUCCUACUCAAAAUGGAAAGACUUGGUCUUUAUGUACAAAUAAUCAGAUGUUUAAUCCAGAUGUCUCUUGCUCCUGCCCAAGGUGUUCCCAGUGCUGGUUCAGAUGGUUUCACCACAGCCUGUAAAAAACAUGCUUGAGCGUCAGAUACCUCUAGGACUGAGUGUUUCAAAGGAUAUUUAGCCAUAUCAAUGAGCUAGCUAUUCAAUAAAGGAAGAAACCUAA